AGCCAUUAAUGUAAAUAUUUGUUCUUGGACGGAAAGAGAUUGGCAUCAAAGUCCACAAUCCACAACCAAAAUUCUUCCUUUCUUUUCUUAAAUAAUCUUCAAUUCCUCAAAAAUCUACUCAGCAUCCCCCUCUGCUUUCCGUCCAUAUCAUUCCUCGCUGGAUUCCCUUCACUUUCUUUUCACAAAACAAACACCUCUUCACCCUCAGUUUUCUCAUAAUCUGACAAAUCCAAGCAACCCCAUUACCUUCUCUCUCUUUUUCCCUUAUACAAACUACCCCUUUUGUUCCUUCUCUCAUGAUCAUCUUCUUUCUCUAAUGGGUCUUAAUUUCUCUGUUUUUUUCCGCCUCCAUAAUGGGUCUCAGCCACCGUCGUCGUCGCCGUUCCCCGGUCUCGGGGACCUACCGGAGAGCUGUGCGGCGGAUGUUUUGAAGUAUUUGACUCCGGUGGAGAUUUGUAUUCUUGGAAAGAUGAAUAGGGCUUUUCGCGGCGCGUCGUGGGCUGAUUUCGUUUGGGACUCUAAAUUGCCCUCUAAUUAUAGGGUUCUUGUUCAACGACUGAUUGGGGAUGUUGGUUUGGUUAUGUGUAAAAGAGAGAUUUAUACGAGACUUUGUCAGCUGAAUCAAUUAGAUGGUGGAAAUAAGAAUGUUUGGCUGGAUAAAUAUUCAGGUGGUAUUUGCUUAUCGAUUUCUUCUAUGGAUUUGAGGAUUACUGGGAUUGAUGAUCGGAGGUAUUGGAAUCGUAUUUCCACCGAAGAAUCGAGGUUCCAAACUGUUGCAUAUCUUCAGCAAAUAUGGUGGUUUGAAGUUGGUGGAGAGGUCGAGUUUCCGUUUCCACCAGGAACUUACAGCCUAUAUUUCAGGCUGCAAUUGGGUCGGACAUCAAAGAGGUUUGGCCGUCGAAUCUAUAACCUUGAGCACGUUCAUGGCUGGAAUAUAAAGCCCGUGCAAUUCCAGCUUUGGACUUCAGAUGGUCAGCAUGCCAAAACUCAAUGCUAUUUAGACGAAGCUGGGAAAUGGACGCUACAUCACGCAGGUAAUUUCAAUGUCGAUGCUCGAAACGAAUCGACAAGAAUCAAAUUCUCUAUGACUCAGAUUGACUGCACGCACACGAAAGGUGGCCUCUGUUUAGAUUCGGUGCUGAUUUUCCCAGUCGAGUAUAAACAGAGAUCCCAGCGUCGUUGACUCGUUUGGUCUGAAUUUUGUCAUAGGUAGAGAUUAUUGUAAAAAUAUAUAGCUGAAUGAGGUUAUGAAAGCUUCUCAAAUGACUGGCUUUAUUUUUUCUAAGCCUAUAGUUGUUUGUGUUGGAAAUGAGGCAAUGUUUAAUUACAUAAAUGAUUGAUUACUUAA